AUGGAGAGACCAGAUCCUCAUACCCGGCGCAAGGGCACGCAUAGCAUUCUAGCGAGCAUACUCUUCUUAUUAUCUAGCACCGUCGACGCUACAUGUUACCGACGAGAUGGCAAUCCCGUCGUCCCAAACAAGGACAUCGCCACAUGGCGAGAGUGCAACCCCGGCGCGGGCGUGACGACCUGCUGCAGCGAGAUCGACCUGUGUCUCGACAACGGCCUCUGUCUGGGCUUCGGCGGGCCCGGCGUUUUCUACAUCCAGGGAUGCACCGAUUCAUCUUGGCCCAAGUCAUCGUGCCCUGCUUACUGCGAUGGCCCUGAUGACGGCUAUGGUAAUAUCCGCGUGUGGCGCUGCACCGACGAUGGUAAUUAUUGUUGCGGAUUUAACGACUGCUGCGGUGAUAAGACCAUUGCUAGGUUCAGCGUGCCGAACCCCAACUCGGGCGCCCAUCCGCCUAUCCCGGGAUCGACUUCCCCGUCCUCCCCGUCCUCGGCAUCGGAGCAGACACAGACCAGGUCUAGCGUGGACGUGUCGGCAGCGGACGAGACGAAUUCCUCCGCGCCAGAGAGUGUAUCGGCAGGGUCGGACGAUGCGGCCUUGAGAGUUGGUCUCGGAGUGGGUAUCUCGCUCGGCGUGCUCUUGCUAGCACUGGUCGGCUGGAUUGCCUGGGAUUGGAGGAGGGGGGCUGGUGGAGAUAUCUUCGCGGGGGGAGGACACGUGCAGAACAACUACCAGACUUGGCCACCACCACAAGAGGUAUCUGCGCAUGGGGGGCAUGGGCAAAACUACCAGGGUUGGCCACCACAGGAGAUGCACUCUACGACGCCUGCUAGAGAGUUAUAUGGUUCCUGA